AUGGGCCAGACCAUCAGUAAACCCACUCCUAACCCCUUCCAGAAGUUCAACUUUAUCUCCUUUUUGAAGCUUGGCUCCUCCAACCAGCCCUCCUUCAAUCAGAACACGUCCCCUCGACCAAGCAUCUUCUUAACAUUGAGGAGGCCCCCUGUCACAAAGCCCAACGAUUUCAUACUUCUAUUCAACGACUGCAUCUUUGCAGCAUCGUCGCGAACCCAGGAGUACCUUGUGUUCGAGGACCCAGAGGACAAAUUCCAUCCGAGCCCUGUGGUGCUCACUCAGGUCUUCCUGAUGACCUACAUCAUCCAAAGUGUCUGCCUCAACAUGACGGACACCUUCAACUGCACAGCCAUGACGCCCGAGCAGCGCAUCCUCCUUGGGGCAGACUGGGUCUGGGCUGUGCUGGAGAAGCCCACCAAGAACCCUCGGAUCCAGAUUGCCGUGCAGGUCCUACACCUGCUGGAGAAAGAGGAUGCUGAGGAGAACGGCAUCCCCCCGGAGGCCUCCACCGAGUCCGUCCAGAUGGCCCAGAAGGAGUCCAGCAACAAGACCAUGUGCGAAAGGUUAGUGGACUUCUGCACCUCCAUCGGCAAAGACUGCUACGCCCUCUUCUUGUUCUUCGGGAAGAAAAAUGACAAGGGGAACAUCUACGGUGUCCUCAGCAACAAUUUUGAGGUAGCCAUUAGGAAGUGCAACAAGAUUGACAGACCAUUUAUUGAGAACUUCUUCAAAGGUUCAAGUUAUCUCCAUACACCUUCAGGAAUGAUGCAGGCUAUUGUCACCAAGAAAGAGGGGGAUCCUCUCACUCUCAUGAUUAAAUUUAGCUAA